ACAAGCACUAAUUCACUUGCAGCUUGAAUUGGUCCUGCAAAAAUAUUCAAUAGAAUUAAAGACAUGGAUUUGGAAACAACCAAAAUCCCCAAUUGCUUCCAAGUUUAAGCAAAGAACAUAAUCCACAAAAGAAAGAUCUAUCUCUGCAAAUGAAGAACACAUCAAGCCAAAGAAAACAGAAUUCUAACACAAACAAGGACCAUGGCAGACCUCGAACUCGUCCUCUCUUCACCUACAUCAAAAGGGUUGCCGUAGUUUUCACAAUUUUCCUUUCCCGUAGAAGAAAGGCCGCCGGAGCUGCGACUGCGGCAAGCAAAAGAAACAACAGCAGACGAGUUGAAGGGAUUUCCUUUUCAACUGAUCUUUCAACAGGAAGCAACAGUAAGAGUUCUUCAAGAUUCAGAUUCUCUAAUUCCUAUGGUUCUUCAAGCGCUUCAAGCGGGCUGGUCGGGACAGUCAAUUUCUCCCUUCAAGAGAUUUAUAAAGCAACCGAUAAUUUCAACCCAGCAAAUAAGAUCGGAGAAGGUUGUUUUGGAACAGUGUACAAAGGGAAGCUCAAGGAUGGCACUCUUGUUGCUGUAAAGCGAGCUAACAAGAAUGAUUAUGAUAAGCGAUUGUCAUUGGAGUUCAAGAAUGAAGUACUUACUCUAUCUAAGAUUGAGCACUUGAAUUUGGUAAGAUUUUAUGGAUACGGAGAGCAUGGAGAUGAGCGGAUCAUUGUGGUUGAAUAUGUUGCCAAUGGAACUCUUCGAGAGCAUCUGGACAGUAGCAGGGGAAAUGGACUAGAGAUGGCUGAACGACUGGACAUUGCAAUUGAUGUAGCUCAUGCAAUUACUUAUCUUCAUAUGUACACAGAUCCUCCAAUAAUACAUCGAGAUAUAAAAGCAUCCAACAUCCUUAUAACAGAAAAGUUUCGGGCAAAAGUAGCAGAUUUUGGGUUCGCACGAGCAACUACAGAAGAUCCUGGUGUUACUCACAUUUCAACUCAGAUCAAAGGAACAACAGGCUACUUGGAUCCUGAGUACCUAAGAACAUAUCAACUCACUGAAAAGAGUGAUGUCUAUUCUUUUGGUGUGUUGCUUGUUGAACUGGUGACUGGAAGACACCCCAUUGAGCAAAAUAGGCCAAUAAAAGAAAGAGUAACCACAAGAUGGGCAAUGCAGAAGUUGAAAGAAAGGGAAGCCGUACUUGCAAUGGAUCCAGUGCUAAGGAGGAGUCCUGCAUCAAACAUGGCAGUGGAGAAGGUCCUUGAAUUAGCUAAGAGGUGCCUUGCUUCUCUGAGACCUUCAAGACCUUCAAUGAAGGAAUGUGCUGAGGUGCUGUGGAAAAUUCGAAAAGACGUCAGAGAAUUAGGCCUCUCUUCUUCCUCUGCCUCUGCUUCUCACCAAUCUGCAAAUUAUCCCUUCAGAGACGCCAAGAAGAGCAGAGAAAUAACAUUUGGGAUUCAAGAUGGAGAGACCUAUAAAUUUAUUUCUGCAUGAAACAGUGAGUCAUGGGAUCCUUUUUAGAUUUUUUUUUUUGUGUGUGUGCUGUUUGUUAUCAAAAUUUCCUGCAUAAGUUGCUGUUCUAAAAUAUACUGAUGCCAAAUUUGAGAUGUGGAGAUUUCAGGUUCAGAUUACUGAAUCAAUCUCCUUGGAAUAACCCAUCCUUCUUAGAAUGCAACCCAGCAAAUCUAUUGCAUUAAAACACUUAGGGUAACUUACAAUGUAGUCCCUGAAAUUUAGUAUAAUUCGCAAUUUAAUAUCUGCUUUUUUAAUAA